UCCAUCACACAAAUAUCCACCACCACAAAGACCUUAAACAGCCUAUACCGCACCGACGAUAUGGGGGGCAAGACUGCAACCAAGGCCGGCUACUUCGACAAGCUCAAGGGCUUGCUCGAGGAGUACAAGUCCAUCUUCAUCGUCACCGUCGACAAUGUGUCUUCCCAGCAGAUGCACGAGAUCCGUCACUCUCUCCGCGGAGACAGUGUCGUGCUCAUGGGAAAGAACACCAUGGUCCGCCGUGCGCUGAAGACCUUCAUCCCCGAUUCCCCCGAGUACGAGCGCCUCCUCCCCCACGUCAAGGGCAACGUCGGAUUCGUCUUCACCAACUCCGACCUCAAGGAGACCCGUGACAAGAUCUUGUCCAACCGUGUCGCUGCGCCUGCCCGUGCUGGUGCCGUCGCUCCCGAUGAUGUCUUCAUCCCAGCUGGAAACACUGGUAUGGAACCCGGCAAGACCUCUUUCUUCCAGGCUCUCGGUGUCCCAACCAAGAUUGCUCGUGGUACCAUUGAAAUCACCAGCGACUUGAAGCUAGUCCAGGCUGGCAGCAAGGUCGGUGCCUCCGAGGCCACCCUCCUCAACAUGCUGAACAUCUCUCCCUUCACCUACGGUAUGGGAAUCUCCCAGAUCUACGAUGAGGGUCAGACCUUUGAGUCCAGCGUGUUGGACAUUGAGGAGUCUCAGCUCUUGAAGGCUUUCUCCUCGGCCAUCACCGCCAUUGCCUCCAUCUCUCUGGCGCUCAACUACCCCACCCUUCCAUCUGUCAUGCACAGCGUGGUCAACAGCUACAAGAAGGUCAUCUCCGUCGCCAUUGAGACCGAGUACGAAUGGGACGCCAUCCACGAGCUCAAGGACCGCAUCAAGAACCCAGACGCCUACGCUUCGGCCGCUCCAGCUGCUGCCGCCGCUACCGAGACCGCCGCCGAUGCUCCUGCCGCCGCCAAGGAGGAGGAGAAGGAGGAGUCUGAGGAUGAUGACAUGGGCUUCGGUCUCUUCGACUAAGCGCGUGCUCGAAAGAGUAGUGCUGGGCUGGGAAUUGGACAUGACAUGUAGGCCUACGGGUCUGCAGGCGGUAUGAUGAUGAUGGCUUGUCGGCUGUCACGACUGUCGGUCUUCACGACAUGAAAUGAAGAUCGAAUGUGCUCGACGCCGCAUACACCUCAUCGUACAUACACGACGUGCUCAAUGAAAGUCUGCCUUUGUGCAUCAAUCG